AAGAAAGGAAACAAGCGUCCGCAAAAAUCUUGCGCCUUUUGUAAAGGCCAACAUUGGAGCAACAACUGCAAGAAAUAUGACACUUAUGGUAAAAAAGUAGAACAGAUCAGAAAACUUCAUGUAUGCUUCAAAUGCUUAAAAGGGCAAACAUCGAGGAUGUGCCACAAGCAGCAGCAGUGUUUUCAUUGUAAGAAACCUCAUAACACAGCAGUAUGUCGAAACAAACAACCAGUCAUCAAUACUUCAGUAGCAACAUCACCUACAAGUACAGUUCCACAAAACUCAGGAAGCAGUAAUAGACGUACUCCUCAAGCUCAAAUUACUGUACUUUUGUGCAAAAUAAUUUGGGUGGCAAAUCCACAGGAUCCAGAUAAGAAAGUCGAAGCUGCAGUUUUCUUUGAUUCGGGAUGCCAGCGCUCAUUCAUAACGGAAGAGUUGGCAGAGCAACUAAUCAGCGCUGUGCGCAGGCCAAUUUUUAUAGCCACAUUUGCAGAAAUGCAAUCGAAAGUUUACGAUUCGAGAGAGGUCAGAGUUAAUCUUGUAUUAAAAAGUGUCCAAAAUGCAAUAACAGCGUGCACUAUGCAGUUUUUGGCGCAAAAAUUGUUGAUAGCACAAAUAAGCGAUAGAGAAGGUCAACAGCUGAAACAGGCGAAUCUAAACGUUAUUCAGUCAGCGAUCGUUUGUAAGAAGCCACAAAUUGUAGUUGAUCUGGAAUACUACUUCAGUUUUAUAAAGGGACGUCGUACAGUACUGAACCCCGGAUUUCAACUUAUUGAUUCAGCCGUAGGAUGGAUGACAGCAGGGGAAGGUGCAGUAAAUAACAUUACUAUGAAAACAAAAAAGGUACUUGCUCAAACUGCCAUCAUCGUCAACACAGUGCUGGAUGAACAGCCAGAUGUAGACCAAUUUUGGCAUUUGGAAGCAUUGGGACUGCUGACCCCGUACAAAAUACGGAGGAAGAAAAGGCAGUUGAACAGUUUGAGAAGAGUAUUACAAGGGACGAUAGCGGUCGUUACUUUGUAAGC